ACAAUAUUCCGUUGUCUAGGUGGAGCAGUCUAGGUGGAGUAGUUAGGGUGUGUCAGACCAAACACGUCACUUUCUCUAGUUUCAUAUGUCGGGCUGGACAUUUUAGGACAGGGAGUCGUCUAGCGACUAACACAACCUACCUGGACCCUUUACAAAAGCGCGUGUUGAAGUUUUUUUUUAAUCUGUCCAACAAUUCGACACAAAACAGCUGAUCUAUCACGACUCAAGUUCAUAUCGACGGAAGACAAUUUGAAGUUAGUGAACCCAACCCAUUGGAGGGAGACAAAUAAUAAACAGACCUUUGUGGAAAUGGCAGCAACAUGGCAUUUACACAUUUACAUGUUAUUCAUCACAAUGCUUUCCGUUGGGAACGCAUGGUUUCUCCCCAUUUCCAUCCGAGUAUUCGUGCCAGCGACGAUCCCGACCGGUUAUGAAAUUAAAGUGGAUAGCCUCAACACCACCGAGGCAUUACAGUUCGCAUCGAGCGAUGGUAAUUUCUCGGUUGGAAGAGGAGCCAUCUUUGCGUUAUCCAGCACUGUGGUCCCGCUGACGGGUUGCCGGUUCUCGGUACGUGCGCUGGACGCUAGAGGAAACACUAACGUCAUGGAAGUUAAUCUGCUCCGUGAGCCGAGUGCAGCGCCUUCAAGACUGGUGGAGAGGCGGAUCAGGCGCUUCCUGAAGCGGGCCAAGAGAGUGUGGAGACCGCCACCGUUCAACAUCAUGGAAAACGGCAAGGGGCCUUUUCCGAAAGAACUCGACCAUAUUGGGUCGAACACGGCGAUGAACCACUCAGUGUACUAUACCGCCGAAGGGCCGGGGGUGACCAUGACUCCGGUCGGGCUUCUCACCCUGAGCAGAGAAGGAAGGUUGAAGGUCAACGGUGCGAUCGACCGGGAGGUGUACCCCCAGUUAGAAUUUACGGCCAGAGUUUAUGAAUUCGGCACCAACAGAGAGACAGACAUACCGCUGACUGUCACGGUCAUCGUGGACGAUGAGAAUGACAACGGACCUGAAUUCGUGGGCCCUCUUUUGUUCAAAGUGCCCGAGGCAUCCAAACCAGGAAAAGUAGUGGGCCGGGUCCAGUCCACCGAUAAGGACCAAGCCAACACCCUUCACACCAAGAUCAGCUACUCUCUCUUGACGGGGGGGGAUCUGUUCUCCAUCAAUGCCGAGUCUGGCUUCAUUAUAGUGAAGAGCGACCAACUGGACCGAGAGACCCUGGAGAAACAUUUGGUGACAGUGCAAAUCAAAGACAUGGGUGGUAGUCAAAACGGGUUGGUGAACACAGCCACGGCCACCAUUACUCUGGAAGACAUCAACGACAACGCUCCGAAGUUCACAAAGCAAUCGUACGAUACAAACGUUGACGAGAACGAAGAAGGAAUACUUAUCCUCCGGAUUCCGGUCGAAGACAAGGACGCGCCGAAAACACCCAACUCGGAGGCUGUGUUUAGAAUCACAGAAGGAAAUGAAGAUAACCACUUCAGGAUCGAAACAGAUCCUGUGACCAAUGAAGGGCUGCUGUAUGUAGCCAAGUCUCUGGACUACGAGAAAACCAAGAAGGUGGAUCUAAAGAUCCAGGCGCAGAAUAAGGCCCCCUUGGAGGGCGUCACAGCCACCUGGCUCAGCAUUCCCGUGGCGGUCGGGGUGAACAACGUCGACGAGGGCCCCGAGUUCAGGGCCCCCAACAUCCGCCUCAUCGUGAAGGAGAACACACCCAACGGCACCGUCAUCGGUAGCUACGUUGCUAAGGAUCCCGAAACCAGCAGUGCCGGCGGCAUCAAGUACUACAAGGUCACCGAUCCCGCCGGAUGGGUCAAUGUGGACGUGAACAGCGGGGAGCUGAAUGUGGCCAACACCAUUGACAGGGAAGCGCCUCAUGUCGUACAAGGGGUCUACAACAUCACCAUGAGGGCCGUGGAUGCGAACAAGAAGUCCGCCGUGGGGACGGUGACCCUGGUUGUGGAAGACGAGAACGAUAAUAUCCCAAUGCUCCCCAGCAAAGAGAUGUUUUUGUGUGAGAGGGAGGGCCAUCUUGGCUCCGUGGUGCUCAAAGCCUUCGACCCUGACAGCAGUCCCUUCGGCGCGCCCUUUCUCUUCAACCUCCCCCAAGACAAUGACGGCAAUUGGGUGUUGACGAACGUAAACGCUACGCAGGCUACCUUAGAGCAGAAAAAAGAGCUCCCAUUGGGGAUCUACAGCGUGCCCGUAAUGGUGACAGACCUGCAGGGGUCGGGCACUGUACAGACGGUCAAGGUGAAGUUAUGCCACUGCAGCAGAGGGGUCUGUGUGCCCACGAGCUAUAGCAUUGGCCUGGGCCCCCUCGGGAUCCUGACUCUUCUGCUGCCCCUGCUGCUGCUGCUGCUGCUAGGGAUCCUCCUCGCGCUGUUCUGUGCCACAAAGCAUGAGAAGAUGGAGAUGGAGGACACGGGAGACACCGGUGGCAUCUUGCUCAAAUCUAACAUUGAGGUCCCGGGGGAGGAAGUGGUGGAUUCCAAACUCCUCCUCUGCCCCGGGUACGACAUGCCGGGCUCGGUGAAGGGUUCAAUGAUUAACGUGGGCUGGCCGGGCAACAAGAGCUCAAGCACCAUCGGCACCCUAGACAACCGCCAGCACCUGGUGCAGGGCUUCAGACAGAACACCCUCUCCAAGGGCCAGUUCACCAACAGCCAGUACGGCACAGGCCAGUUUGGCCAAUUUGGCCAGUUUGAGGAGACGCAGUAUAUGGACAACAACAUGGCCGUCAACAAUCUACAGUUCUCCCAGGACGAGUCGGCACUGUACCAAACCUGGGCGACCAACGGCAUUUACCUCGACGAGAAGCUGGCCUACCUGGACACGGACCCUGACGCCGCCGGGGCAGAGGACGUCCUGCACCCCUACGGGUUCGAGGGGGUGGGCUCUCUGGCCGGCUCGGUGGGAUGCUGCAGUGACAUUGACCAUAAGGAGGACCUGCACUUCCUCGACACACUGGGGCCAAAGUUCAAAACCCUGGCCAGCGUGUGCACCAAGAAGUGAACAAGGGGCCACCACGAAUCGUUGUUCGUUUAUUGUUGUUUUUUUGGGGGGGGUUUUCUCUUCAAAGAUGCGCUGUGUCGCAGGCGGAUGUGGAUUUUUGGGGGGUACAUGGGACAUGAUGGAGAGGAAGGAGUUAAAGCAAAUGGGUUUGCAUCCACACACACACACGGGCACACACACACAC